AUGGACGCAUUAAACGAACUCGAAUCACUCGCUCAAUCCUCAGCCCAUGGCGACCCUCUCCCAGGAGGACCAGAGGCAGAGACGAUCCAACAGUACAUGGAGCUAUUUGACCUCAACGAGAAGGAAGCGAUCGACAAGAUCAAUGAGCUGCGCGGGUUCAUUCCCAAGAAGAAACCCGGCCUUAAACCACGGCCAGCUGCUGCAUAUCUCGUUAAGUUGCAAGGGAUACUGUUGGAUGCCGAAAUGAUCAAGUCUAUUGCCGGGCUCGCGGAGGUUCCGGAGGUGGUCUUCGGCACCGACGACUCCGGGCACGAGGCCGUGUUCUGCCGGGUGGACCCUAGCACCCGGACCAAGAUUGCGACUCAUUUCGCCGCGAACAACCUGGGUCCCGUCCCAACAUUUCUACAACUCACGCUUGCUGGAAAGGCUUUGAGCCAUGAUUCUCCUGCCCCAACGCUUGGCUUAGAUGCCACGUUGCCGCAGAACCGGCCCAGUUCAAUUGGGGCCGCCAUUAGGCCGAGUCAGGAUGAGUACCCAGUAUGGUACUUCUUCUAUGGGCCUCUGGCCGACCCGAACGAGCUCUCCAUCAUUCUGCGCCUAUCUAGCGAGCCCGAAUACAGCCCCGCUUCCAUUGCUGGUGGGCGAUUGCUUGCUUGGAACGCCAUCGUGGACGCUGAGAGCGACAAAAUCCCAGCUGAGAUCGAGGGCAAAGCCUUCCUCGUGCGAACUCAGAAAGAAGAAGAGUCGCUCCGGUUCUCGGUCACCGACAAGUUUGAGGUGGUGCGGUGCAGGAUCCGGUUCACCGAGAGCGGCAAUGUGGUUGACGGACUGACGUUGCGAUACGUUGGCACAGACCUGAAGUGA